AUGCUUGAACAGUUCCGAGGCAGCUCCCUCUUUCUGACGCUCCAGCAUGCGCUCCAAGUAGUGCUCGCCGGAUACGCUCUCCGGCAUUCCUACGUCGCUAUCACGAAAUUGCGGAAGUACGAGGCGACCACCAAGAAAGCAGCAAAGUGGUCAGAUGAAGCGCAGCAGCAACUGAACAAGACGCGGACGACGCAGGGUGCUGGGGCAAUAACUGCCGUCGUCUCCCUCCUAGCCUCCCUAACCCUCAUCGCCCUCCCCAACUUCUUCUCGGGACGGACCCGCUCCUUCGUCUCACCCACCCUCCUCGUCCUCGUCAUCGGCGCCCGCCGCUACAUCAAGUCUUUCUGGGCACCCGGCGACGCCGACAGCAAAGGCAAAGAUAAAGGCACCGUUGUCCCUCUGCCGAAGAUGGAAGAGUACAACGAAGCGGUCCAGAAGACGGAGGACUUGCUGAAGUGUCUGGAGUAUUUGGAGUAUAGUUGGGUGAUUACGAGUGUGUUUGGGUUGAUGAAAGCAUGA